AUGUCGAGUUCUCGACACCCGUGUGAAGUUAUAGAAGAGUUAGUAAAGUCUCUAUACUUAAGUAAGAAGACUAUAUAUAUAACGCUUAAAUACCUUCCUUAUGAUUAUAAUCUUUUCCUUUUAACGUUAUUACUAUUAGAGAAGUUAGUAAAGGCGGUAGAUAAUAUAGUCUUUAUUGUUAUUUUCUAUAAGGAUAUCUACUUUAUAGAAGAGUAUAUUAAAAUAGCGCCUAGGAGCUUAUAUAGCACUACUAUUACUAGUAAGAGAGUAGAGAGAUUAGUCACUACGUCCUUAGAUUAUGCUAGGGGAGCUAAAGUAAGUAAGGGUAGAUAUAACUAUAACCUAAAGGGCUAUAUAAAUAGGCAGAGUAAAGAUAGUGUAUAG